AUGCCUCGCUCAUUCCUGGUCAAGAGUAAGAGACCAGGAUCUCAUCCCCCUUGCUUCUCUAAAGGCACCAGACACACAAACCCUGACCAGCCACAACCUCAUACAAAUCAUCACGACAGGCAGAACAGGGCAUGGCAGGAAGUAAGGUCUCCACAUCGGAGCCCCUUCCAGGAGGACCAGGGCAACUUGUGCUCAGGGUCAGAGGUCAAGGACACCCUGGAUUACCCCUGCCCUAGCUGGGACGCCAUGGCAACCAGACCACACAGCACCUCGCCAGCUGACCUCUGGACCAGCUGGUCUGCAGAAACCGGAGGGUACGAUGGUGUGGAGCCAUCCGAGUCUGCCCUGCCCUGGUCCCUACACUGGCCCCGGGGCCCUGACAGAGAGAGGGAGCUGGAGAAACUGGUCCAUGUCUUACUGAGCCACAGGCCACAUAUGGACCUCAACUCCACCAGCCCAUGCCCCCUCUGUGAAAAGGUCUUGUCCUCAGGAGCUGUACUGAAGACUCAUUUACUCAGGUCACGUGCAUACGUGCAUGCAGUUCCAUUGGCCACAUCAGCCAAAGCCCCAGAGCACCCCUACGAGUUCAAACAAGCUCUGGGCAUGUACGGAAGACCAAAGGAGCGUAGCUAUAGCUGUAAGGAGUGUGGGAAGGUAUUCAAGCGCUCCUCCACCCUGUCCACCCACCUGCUCAUCCACUCUGACACCAGGCCCUACCCCUGCCAGUACUGUGGCAAGAGGUUCCACCAGAAGUCAGACAUGAAGAAACACACCUUCAUACACACAGGUAUAUGUAUAUACUGUAUCUUAUACCAUCUAUUGCAUCUUGCCUAUGCUGCUCGGCCAUCGCUCAUCCAUAUAUUUAUAUGUACAUAUUCUAAUUCCAUCCCUUUAGAUUUGUGUGUAUUAGGUAGUUGUUGGGGAAUUGUUAGAUUACUUGUUGUGUGUGGCAAGGCCUUCAGCCAGAGCUCCAACCUCAUCACCCACAGCCGUAAACACAGCAGCUACUGGCCCUUCAGCUGCACGCACUGCCAAAGCAGCUUCCAGCGCAGACUGGACCUACAGCGCCACCAGGAGACACAAUGUUUUCAUAGCAGCGUGUACACACAGAGCUGA